UGGAACGUCACGAAAUGUACUGUCGCAUGCUGAGUUUGCCUUUGUAAACACCAUCUCUGUAUACUCAGUAUGAUGCUGAGUUGGUCCGCCGGCAAACUUCUAUUGCGAAAUAGCUGGUAUGUUCCUAAAACCUUGAUGUAAUAAUAGAUAACAGAUUAUGUACGAGCGAACUGUUGGGGGGACUGUCCUUAAAGCCAGGGGCGGGACCCUCGCACCAUUCUCGAGCUGCUUCCUUGACCUAGCUCCUCCAGUUCCACGUCACCCGCUUACUUCCGGGUCAACAGGAUGGGCGCUGAUGGCAUUGGCAAGACGUCCCUCGCGCAGCAGUUUGUGACAGCGCAGUACAUUGGUCAUGAUGACAAUGGUUGUACCACAAUAUCAAGGUUAUUGGUCUGGCAUGCAAGGAAAGUCUAGAACAUCGUAUUCAGUUCGACAACUCGCACCUAAAGAACAUCCGAUGGGAGUCUUCCAAACGGCUCUUGUAUGGAUCACUCGUCUGCUUGAGUAGUGAUGACUUCCAGAACACUUUCUUUGCAAUAGUGACCAGCAGGGACAUGAAGGACAUCAAACAGGGCAUCCUUCAGGUUCAGUUUAUGAACAGCAUUCGUGAGAUCCUCAACGCUUCGGGCGAAACCUUCAUCAUGGCAGAAACUACAUACAGACCCGUGCUGGAGGGUCUCCAGGAGAUGCAAACAUGCUUUCCUCUCGCUCGCUACAUCGUUGAGUGCAAAACUGACAUCAAGCCUCCCCAGUAUGCACGUGGCUACGGUACCACCUUGAAUAUCAGGCAUCUCCUGAAAGACGAAUGCCGACAGAAUACGCAGGUAACAGUACUGCUCCCGACCCGUUGGCCACCCGUUGAAAACACACCUUUUAACCAGUCACAGUACGAUGCCGUGAAGACGGCCUUAACAAAGGAGAUCGCCAUCAUCCAAGGACCUCCUGGAACAGGCAAGACGUGUGUCGGACUGAAAGUGGCCAAAGUACUUCUAGAUAACAGAGAGGUUUGGACAUCAAAGACCGAUGCAAAGCCAAUGCUUGUAGUUUGCUACACCAACCAUGCCUUGGAUCAGUUUUUGGAAGGAAUACUAGAAUUCUGCCCAAACGGCAUUGUUCGAGUCGGAAGCCGCUGCAAAACUGAGCAACUGGAGCGCUUCAACUUAAAGCGGAUUAGAGCACAGAUAAGGAGGGAGAAGAGAGUCAAACUGGACAUCAAACACAGCAUCAACGACUGUUUUAAGGGGCUGUGUAAUUUGAGAGAAAGAGUGGAGCGGGUGUCGGCAAGGUUGGAAGCCACAGCUAAGGGCAUUCUUGGAGAAAGUGCACUGCGGUCAGCAAUGCCUGACAAUCACUACUCGUCACUGGUCAGCAAUAUUCAAAGGAGGUUAUUAGGUGCACGACAGUCGGUGAUGAUAAACUGGCUAACACAAGGGAUGCUGGGGGAAUCUGACGAGACUAGCUACAAGGGCCUGGAGCAGGAAGUGACGCAACAGAUUCUAGAAGGCACAGAAAUGCAGCAUGAGCUCAGUAUCGAUGCAAGCCAAAUUCCUUUUCUUCAUCCGAAAAUGAGGGCCCAGAUGUACAGGUUAACAGGCUAUGGCCAACUACCUGGACAUCUCGCUCUUUGAGGGCCUGAUCCAGAACCAGCUGCACCACACCACCCUGCAGCACUGCAUGAAACCGCAAAUCGCCAACCUUGUACGUCACGUGUACCCGCACUUAAAGAAUCACGUGACCACAGUGAACAGGAAGCGCAUUAAAGGUGUAAAGCAAGACGUGUUUCUCCUACACCACGAGUUUGGCUAGACGAGAACGAACGAGACGAGCAGCAAGUUGAAUGAUCAUGAGGCUGACUUCUGUCUGUGUCUUUGCCGCUACCUGCUACAACAGGGCUACACAACAAGUCAGAUCACCAUCCUCACAGGCUACUCCGGCCAGGUCUUUGCCUUGAAAUCUCGAAUGAAAAAAGAGGCAGAAUUCUACAAAGGAUACUGGCAGAAAAAAGUGAACUCUGGAAGAACAUUAUAAAGACCGCAAAAAGUAACCAACAACUUGGUGACAGCUUGGUACUUCGAUGC